AUGUACCAGUUCGAAAAUCGCGAUACAAGCAUUAUAUGUCUUCAAUCUAGUUCGACUUCUUCACCGCCAUACGUGGUUAAUGGAGUAUUCAUUGAAAAUGAAAGCAGAUGGAAAAUUAAGUCCUUUCAUUGUAGCUGCAAAGCUGGAGCAGGAGAAUCUUGCAAACAUUGUGUUUCUGUUAUGUUAUUCUGCCAUGAGAACGAUAUUAAUGAGCUGGAGAAUUUAUCUGCCACAGAUAUGAAAUGCAGUUGGAACACUAGGAAGUAUAAGCAUUUAUAUACUCCUGUUCCUGUGCAGGAUUUCUGUCAUGUGAAAACACCUCCAGAGCACAGUUUCUGUGAAGUGAAAAAGAAAAAGGUACAUGAAGAAAUAUGCAAAUUCUUCAAAGACUCUGCAUAUGCAAAACAUCGGGCAAGGUUUCUCGAAAAGAAAGAACUAACAGAAAUGCCAAAUUUGAAUGCAGAUAACAAUAUCAAUGUCUCUAACGUAGAUUUAGUUGGUACAUUAAUUAAAGUUUUUUGA